AUGAAUCGAUGGGAAACUUAUCAGAAUAGCCCCACUGUUGCUUUGCAAAAUGAAGUGGUAAUGCAGGGCAGUAAGGAGCUUAUUAACCGUGAAGUAUUUCAGCAUGCUACUGUUGGUAACUUCUUGGGAUCCAGCAUUGAAGGUUCAGGUUCCGGUUUUAUACGCUGUGUGUAUACAGCAAAGAAUGCAGUAAAUGCAACCGUCACAUUAUUAUGUGACAUCGAAACCGGUUGUUGUGAGAGAGGUUGCUGUCCACAAGAUCUUUUCUGGAUGGCUGGAGUAUUUGUUCUACUAGUUUUUGUGCUUUUGGUAUUUGUUAUUGGCUCGUUCAUUAUAAUUUGUUGCUAUUGGCGAACGAAAAAGGAGCAACGUAGAGAAGCAUACGAAUAUAGCAUUUAUGGCUCACAGGUUGAUAUGUAUCCGGAUGGAUACAAUUCUUAUACAAAUCAACCUAUGUAUCAAAGGCACUAA